AUGGGCAAAUUCUUGUCGGAAAUUAUGUUCGCCGUCACGAAGAGGUUCACCAAGUUUAAGCGGCGACUCCUCCGACUCCUCCCGGCCGGCAAGCGCAAGCAGUACAACUUCAACAAGCUCGAUCCGGCAACCGCGGGAAAUGCUACUCCGUUGAGCGAGAAAACGGCCAGCCUGGAGGAGGCGGUGAAGCAAGAGCAGGGAGAAGCCAAGGAGGAUGACAAGGACAAGGACUCCGUUUCCGGCGACGACGACAUGGAGCAGGGACAGGCACUUCCGCUGUUCAUCCUGUUUUUGAUGUACAUUGGAUUGGGCGCGGUCAUGCUCUGCUCCUAUGAACCGGACAUGGACUUCUUCAAGGCGGUGUAUUUCAACUUUGUGACGCUGACGUCGAUCGGGUUGGGAGAUAUUGUGCCGAGGAGUGAAACCUUCAUGGCGUUGACGAUCGUCUACAUCGCCAUAGGUUUAGCUUUGACGACGAUAGCUAUAGAAAUCGCCGCCGACACCCUGAAGAAAUUGCACUACUUCGGGCGCAAAAUCGAGAACGUCGCCAACGUGCCGAUAUGGUUCGGCGGGAAGAAGCUGACAAUGAAGCAGUUGGUGCGCAACCUGGGCGACCAGUUCAAUUUGCCGACGACGGCGAUCAAGAACUUGGACCUGGACACGUUUGUCGACAACGCCAUCAAGGUCGAAGCGGGAGAGCUGGAGACGCUCAGACCACCUCCCUUCGAACCUGAGCAGGACGUCGACGACUUUGCCGACAACCACGACGAGAUCCUAGAACCAACACCUCCUCCCUCUUCACCAGAACCGGAACCGGAACCUCCGGAGCCGGAACCAUCACCAUCACCUCCCAGGGAACCGACACCAUCGCCAAGACCAGAAAGCCCCGAGCCAAGCCCGGAGCCCUCGCCAGAACCAACAAUAGAAGAGGUCCCACUCCCGCCUGAGCCUGAGCCCGAGCCCGAGCCUGAGGAAGCCCUGAUACCACCGCCAGAACCCCGAAAACAACCGAAAACGGCCUACUACGUCCUGAAAUAUCAACGUUGGUUCCCUACAGAAUUUUCGAUUUUA